AUGCCGCCCCGGAAGGGCAGUCCAAAGGUCAAGACGGGCUGCCGGACAUGCAAGCGCCCUUCCCCGCACAGAGCCCGCAAGGUGAAAUGCGACGAGGCCAAGCCGAAAUGCGUGCGCUGCACAUCCUCCGGCCGCCAGUGCGCCGGCUACGAGCCGACCAUCGAACAUGGCCUCGCCUGGUACCGCCCGCAGCAGCUCACGGCCCACGACCAGCGUGAAGGCCGCGCCUUCCAGUUCUUCUCGCACAUGGUCGGCCCCGUCCUCUCGGGCCCGACGGACUCGUACUUCUGGACGCACCUCGUCGUCCAGUUCUCCCACUUCGAGCCCGCCGUCCGCCACGCCGUGCUCGCCAUCAGCUCGCUGUACGAGGACUUCCACGAGGGCGAGCGCGUCACCCGCCAGAAGAAGGGCAACGCCUUCGCCAUCAGCCACUACAGCGCUGCCAUCGAGCGCAUCAAGGGCACCCAGGACGAGCAGCUCAUGCUGCUCGUGUGCGUGCUUUUUGUCUGUGUCGAGUACCUCCAGGGCGACGUUGAGGCCGCGCUGCGCCACUGCAAGCACGGCAUUCUGAUCCUGAACAAGGUCGGCUGCCAGUCGUGGGCGCGCGAGUACGUCAUGCCCAUCUUCCGGCGGCUGAGCUUCAUCUCGUUCUUCCUGGGCGUGAAGCCCUCCGAGGACGCGCUCGUGCCGGGGCUGAUCGGGUUCGAGGCACCGAUGCCGCCGCGUUUCGAGAGCGUCGAGGAGGCGCAGAGCGCGAUCGACGACAUUACCGUGCACGCGAUCGAGCUGCUCGCGAGGGGCGACGAGAGCGGGAAGCAGCCGCUGCAGACGCGGCUGCAGGAGUUCCACGGCAAGGUGUGCGAGCUGGACGCGACGGUGCCGCCGCAGGAGUCGUCCAAAAAGAUGGCGCUGUGCGGGAUGAAGAUCAAGGCGGAGAUGGCGCGGAUACAGGUCAACACGAUCGACGGCGAGGGCGAGAUGCGGUACGACGAGUGGGCGGACAGUUUCAGGAGGAUCGUGGCGCUGGGGAAGCAGGCGGCGGAGAUGAAGGUCGCGUUCCCGAGCGAGCGGCCGCGGGCGAGUUUUACGUUCGAGCAGGGCUUCUUGUCGAUGAUGGGGUUCGUGUCCAUCAAGUGCAGGGAUUUGCAGACGAGGUUAGAGGCGAUUGACCUCAUGACGAAGAUUCCCGCGCCGAAGGAGGCGCUGUUGGAUGUCGGCACGCUGUACCGGGUCGGUCGACGCGGCGCGGAGAUUGAGCACGGAGUGCUGCUGGAUGACGGCGUGUUGGAGCGGAAUCCCGUGGCGAUGGCGAAGCUGUCGUUCCCGCCAGAGGAGAAGAGGUUGAUUGGAGCGCCGAUAGAGCACGAGCUCGACGUGAUCAAGAACGAAGACGGCACGACGACGUACCGGAGGACGGUGCAUUUCCUGAAGAAGGAUGCGGACGGGGUGGUUCACGACCAGACGGAGUACCUCCUGGACCAGAAGCCUGGCCAGAUUGUGGUGCCGGAUCUGCCAUACAACCUCCCUACCUCAUCCAGGCCAGAUACUGCCCAGCAGGCCCUCCCCGCCGCGGGCACCAUCCCCGGCGUCACCAUCGACUCCGCCUCCGUCCAGACCGCCGUCGUCACCGGCGCCAACGUCUCCUCGGAGUGGUACCCCUCCGCCACCAUCGACUACUGCAACGUCACAUUCGCCUACUCCCACGACGGCCUCGCCAACGACGUCGUCCACGUAACCUACUGGGUCCCCGCCCCGGACGCCUUCCAGAACCGCUACGUCUCCACCGGCGGCGGCGGCCUCGCCAUCAACUCCGGCUCCCAGUACAUCCCCACCGGCAUCAUCGCCGGCGCCGUCUCCGGCAUCACCGACGGCGGCUUCGGCGACUUCAACACCCAGUGGGACGCCGUCUUCCUCGCCGCCAACGGCACCGUCAACUGGCAGUCCGUCUACAUGCUCGGCUACCAGGCCCACAACGAGCUCGCCGUCCUCGGCAAGCAGUUCGCCCGCAACUUCUUCGCCGUCCCCGCCGAGACCAAGCUCUACUCCUACUACCAGGGCUGCUCCGAGGGCGGCCGCGAGGGCUGGAGCCAGGCCCAGCGCUUCGGCGACCAGUUCGACGGCGUCGUCGCCGGCGCCCCCGCCUUCCGCUACGGCCAGCAGCAGGUCAACCACCUCACUGCCAACGUCAUGGAGACCACCGCCAACUACUUCCCGCCCUCCUGUGAGCUUGAGAAGAUCCUCAACCUCACCAUCGCCGCCUGCGACCCCCUCGACGGGAAGACGGACGGCGUCGUCGCCCGCUCCGACCUCUGCAAGAUGACCUUCGACUUCAACACCACCGUUGGCCAGGCGUACUCCUGCGAGGCCACCUCCGGCAGCGGCACCGGCGGCUUCGGCGACCUUGCCAAGCGCCAGGGCCCGCCCUCCAACCCAACCCCCGCCCAGAACGGCACCGUCUCCGCCCAGGGUGCCGCCCUCGUCAAGCAGUACUACGACGGCCUCAUCGACUCGCAGGGCAAGCGCGUCUACCUCAACUACCAGCCCGGCUCCGCCUUCACCGACGCCAACGCCAAGUUCGACUCUGCCACCAACACCUGGGGCGUGAGCAUCUCCGGCCUCGGCGGCGAAUGGGUCGCGCGCUACCUCCAGCUGCGCGACACCUCGACCCUCGAGUCUCUGACCAACGUCACCGCCGACACCCUCCGCGACUGGAUGCUCUACGGCAUGAACAAGUACGCCGACUCCCUGCAGACGACGCACCCGGACCUGUCGGCCUUCCAGACCGCCGGCAGCAAGAUCCUGCACGUCCACGGCGAGCAGGACGACUCCAUCCCCGCGGCCUCGUCGGUGCACUACUACGAAUCCGUGCGCAGCAUCAUGUUCCCGGGCCAGGGCUUCAACGAGAGCUCCGCGGCGAUGGACGAGUUCUACCGGCUGUACCUGGUGCCUGGCGGCGCGCACUGCGGGGCGAACUCGCACCAGCCCGGCGGUGGGUGGCCGCAGACGACGCUGCAGACGGUGAUUGACUGGGUUGAGAAGGGCGCUGCGCCGGAGACGCUCAACAGCACCGGGGAGGGCAUCGGUGAGCUGUGCAGGUGGCCGCAGCGCCCGCUGUGGACGGACAAUGGCGCUGGGUUCAGCUGUGUGUAUGACCAGGCGUCGAUUGAUACCUGGAAGUACACUUUUGAUGCGUUCAAGAUGCCUGUUUACUAG